AUGGCUCUUCAAGGCUUGUCUAAGUUCAGCUUUUGUGUGCUAGUAAUGAUGAUGUCUAUAGCCCAUCAAGCAUAUGGCUCUAGCCGUGGUUCUAUGGCCAUAGUCAGUGGUAUCAUAGAUCCACCAGUAGUUGGUAUAUGCUCUACUUCGGUGAUAAUUCAUGGGUACAAAUGCCAGGAGAUUGAUGUCAAAACUCAAGAUGGAUUUAUACUUAACAUUCAAAGAAUACCUGAAGGCCGUGUUGGUGGUGGUGGUGACCCCAAGAGGCAGCCAGUCUUAAUACAACAUGGUGUCCUUGUGGAUGGAAUGACAUGGCUUCUGAAUCCAGUACCGGAACAAAAUUUACCAUUGAUUUUAGCUGAUAAAGGGUUUGAUGUAUGGAUUGCUAACACUAGAGGCACCAGAUUUAGCCGUCGACAUACCUCCCUUCAACCAAACGAAACGGAUUUCUGGAAUUGGUCAUGGGAUGAAUUGGUUGUCUAUGAUUUACCAGCUGUUUUUGGUUAUGUGUACAGCCAAACUGGGCAGAAGGCACACUACGUGGGUCAUUCUCUGGGAACUUUGAUAGCUUUAGCAUCCUUCUCAGAAGGGUUACUAGUUGACAAGCUGAAAUCAGCAGUGUUGUUGAGCCCCAUUGCUUACUUGAGCCACAUGAACACUGCACUUGGCGUUGUUGCUGCUAAAGCUUUUGUUGGUGAGAUAACUACCCUAUUCGGUUUGGCUGAGUUCAAUCCAAAAGGGGAGCCAGUAGCUAACUUCCUCAGAUCUCUCUGUGCUUAUCCUGGAGUUGAUUGCUACGAUCUAUUGACUUCAAUUACUGGCAAGAACUGCUGCCUCAACGCUUCCACGGUUGAUCUCUUUUUGAAGAACGAGCCUCAAUCCACAUCAACCAAGAAUAUGGUGCACCUGGCUCAAACUGUUCGCGAUGGCGUUCUAGCAAAAUACAACUACGGAAAUCCUGAUUUUAAUGUGAUGCACUAUGGAGAAGCCAAACCCCCGAUUUAUAACCUCUCCAACAUCCCCCACAACCUGCCUAUCUUCAUCAGCUAUGGAGGGCAAGAUGCACUAGCCGAUAUUCGUGACGUUCAGCUAUUACUUGACAGCCUUAAGUUCCAUGAUGUCGACAAGCUCUCAAUUCAAUACAUCAAGGACUAUGCUCAUGCCGAUUUCAUCAUGGGCGUAAAUGCCAAGGACAUUGUGGCAUUAUGUUAUAAGUAUAUUAUGUACACGAGCCAUCAGGGCUAUGAGCAAUAUUGUCUCUCCCACUAUAUAUGUGCACUAGGAAUGCAUGGAAGUUAUCCCAACAAGCCUAAGAGAUUGAAGAGAGUGACAAUGGAGCACAAAGUUUGGUUGCUGUUGGUUUUUGUUGCUUUGAUCACCAAAGAAGCCUUGGCAGCUCAACUUGUUGUUGGGGGAAGCCAAGGUUGGGAAGAAUCUACAGACUUCAACUCAUGGGCUUCUGGUAAAAAAUUCAAGGUUGGAGAUCAACUUGUUUUCAAGUACACGUCAGGGCUACACAGUGUGGUUGAACUUGGUGGUGAGAGUGCCUACAAGAAUUGCGACCUAGGUACUGCAUUAAACUCAAUGAAUACUGGCAAUGAUGUUGUGAAAUUGAACAAACCCGGAACACGUUACUUCGCUUGUGGGACUUCAGGCCACUGUGACCAAGGCAUGAAAGUGAAGAUUACGGUAGAAUCUGGGACUGCACCGUCUACCCCCGAAUCAGCAUCUUCAUCUUCAUCUCCUGCAGCUUCCUCUGCUUCACCCAUGCAUUCUUUUGCUGCAUUUGUUCUUCUCACUGCGUUGGUGGCUACCGGUUUGGUAUAUAUGUUUUAA